CACCAGCAAUCACUUUCCCAGCCUACAUAUUACAAAGACGCUACAACAGCUACACAUCAACAUGUCAAAGCCAAGGAUACCUGAUUGGCAAAGUGCCUCGAGCGACAGCGCACCCCUAGAAUCUCCGUCCGACCAACAGGAGCCGAAGCCCGAACAGCAAGCAGAAGCUCCAGGACGUACCGAAGAUGACACCGCGAGCGCCGAGAGCGAUGAUCGGGAAUCGGAAAGUACAGAACUACUAGAACAGGCGUCGCGGUUUCUGGAGGACUCCACGAUUCGCGAUGCGCCACGAGAGAAGAAGGCCGCGUUUCUAGAAUCGAAAGGUGUCAGACCGGAAGAUAUAGAGACGCUUUUAGGAGAAGCCACACCAGAGGGCGAUUACCCAGCACUUGAGGAAGUUGCCGAACGGGCGUGGUCAACGGCACCACCAGAGCCCGUAUCCGUCCCCGAAUUCAAACCUCAGCAGCGCGACAUACCGCCAAUUGUGACCUAUCCGGAAUUUCUCGCAAAUACCGAAAAGCCGCCACCUCUCAUAACUACCAAGCGCUUGCUCACCACGGCAUAUGUAUCUGGAGGGCUCAUCGCAAGCAUAUACGGGCUAUCCAAAUAUAUCAUUGCGCCAAUGACGGAGAAUCUCGUUGAGUCACGACACGACUUUGCGAAGCACACGCAAGAGCAACUGAAGGAGUUUAAUGAGAAGCUAGGGAAAGCUGUGUCAGUUGACCCUGCUAGCAAGACGAAGAACAUCACGGAUAUCGUAGAUGACAUAUCAGAGGCGGACUCAGAUCCUACCGAACUCUACCACCGCGACUACGGCACUCAAACCACGCCCACACUCUCACGCCGUCCCUCUGUUUCCUCUACCACAGACGCCGAACCCAUCGUAACAGCACACGAAAACCGCCUCAAGAUUAUAAAAUCACAUCUGCAAGAGCUCGAGGCUAACCGCUCCAAUGAUAGCACGUCUAGAGAUUCGCUGCAGACGAAGGUGUCAGACUUGACCACAUACUUGAGCGAAAUGAGCUAUCAAAAUCAGUACUACAGUACGAGCGGUUACUAUGGGAGCGGAAGCAGUUUUGGCCUGCCGGGGGGGAAGGAUGGAAAGAAUGAUCAGAUUGAGAUUCUGAAGAGUGAUAUUAGGGCCGUCAAAGGUGUAUUUUUAAGUGCGAGGAAUUUCCCGGCAGGCGGGAGGACUGGGUCGCCUAUGCCUACAGGGAGAGUUGAUUCAGCGACAGUGUUGACAUUGGAAUCGAUCAAGAUGGCAAGCUGGGCUCCCAAACUACCGUCCUUCGGGCAUGCAAAGUCCUCAGAGAAGGACGACACGUCACUCACUACCCUUCUCACAGCAGAACAAUGUGCGGAUCUCACAUUUCUGAUUGCGACAAUCACCGCUACGAUGCGUCAAUCACUCCUUGAUACUUUCACAGCCGAGGAAUUGCCACCAGAUUCGAAAACUGCGAAGUCGGAAGAGGACGUGCUAAAGAAUGCACCGUCUGAUCUCGACACAGUUGAUGUUGCCAAAGAUGACAAGGUCAAGAAAGAGAGGCAGUCGCGGGAGGAGAAUGCGCGAAAAGAAUUAGCACAGGCUGAAGUACAAGAGCUAAAGAAAGAGAUGCUGAAGUACUUUGAUGGCUGGAGAGGCAAAGUCAUCGGCCGGGUGGGCGAGAUUGUGAAUUCAAGGGAAGAAGCCAAAGAGCAAACAAAACAAGUUGAAGACAAACAAGUCGAGAAGAUUGUCAAGAAGUCUGAAGCCGUAACGACAAGUAUCCAUAGCCUGGAUGCGAAAGCCGAGGAUGAAGAGAAGGCGUUUAGAGACGUCCACCCACCUGUCCCCAACGCCUUGACCCACCUAGAUGAAGCCAAAAGAACACUCAUUCUGCACUCCUUGGUUCUCAUUCUGCUUAGCCUGGAGCACUACUCCGCUCACUCACGUGUCCUGAUCCUCCACCUUACUAGUUCGCUUAACCUCAAUCUUUCAAUCCUCAAGAAAGACGAAGAAACAGUCGCACAGGGCCUCCUCGAAGCAGCAUCCCAGCAGCUCAAUGCCGACGCUGAGACGAAGAAAGCAGCCGAAGCAUCGCAGACGGCUCGGAAAUGGAAAGUUGGAUUGGCGAGCGUGGCGGGGGCGGCAUUGAUCGGUGUAACAGGCGGCCUCGCUGCUCCGCUUCUCGCCGCUGGAGUAGGAAGUGUGAUGGGAGGAAUAGGUCUAGGAGCUACGGCUGCAGCAGGAUACUUGGGCACCUUGGCUGGAUCGACGGUCCUCGUAGGCGGUCUCUUCGGCGCAUACGGCGCCAAAAUGACUGGGAAAGCAAUGGAUAACUAUGCCCGCGAAGUCGAGGACUUCGCUUUCAUACCAAUUCACCACUCGCAAGACCCCAAACACCAAGACAACGAAUCCCGCCGCCUGCGCGUCGCUAUCGCUGCAUCGGGCUGGCUGCGAGACCCCGACGAAGUCAGUAAGCCGUGGAGGUAUAUCGGGAAGGGCACGGAGGGUUUCGCGCUGCGGUGGGAGCUUGAGGCAUUGCUGAAGCUUGGACAUAGUCUCGAGACGUUUGUGACGAGUGCGGCGUGGGGAUAUGCGAAGAAGAAGAUCCUCGAGCGAACUGUUUUCGCCACGCUCACGGCGGCACUCUGGCCUCUAGGGUUGCUGAAGGUCGCCUCCAUCCUCGACAAUCCAUUCAGCGUGGCCAAGUAUCGUGCUGAUAAGGCAGGCGAGGUCCUGGCUGACGCGCUUAUCAACAAGGUGCAAGGCGAGCGACCUGUCACGCUUGUAGGCUACUCCCUCGGCGCGCGCCUCAUCUUCUCGUGCCUGCAGAAACUCGCGGAUCGCAAAGCGUUUGGACUGAUUGAAAAUGUUGUCUUACUCGGGGCUCCGUGUCCGUCUGAUGCAGCUGAUUGGCGCCGUAUCCGUGCUGUCGUCUCUGGGCGCGUGGUCAAUGUAUUCUCGAAGCAGGACUACAUUCUGGGAUUCUUGUACCGCACGUCUUCGGUUCAGCUGGGCGUUGCAGGUCUUCAGCCCGUUGCUGGUGUGCACGGUGUGCAGAAUGUUGACGUCACUGAUCUAGUCGACGGGCAUCUCCAGUACCGGUUCAUCACAGGCAGUGUUCUGAGGAAGAUUGGGUUUGAGGAUGUCGAUAUCGCGGAAGUCGAACACGCAGAGGCAGAGCUGAAGAAGCAGAAAGAGGAAGAGGAGAAGGAAAGGCGAAAGAACGAGGGACAGACGGAUGGCGAAGGCGAAGAUAAGGAGAAGCUAGAGGGUGAAGUGCAGAAGAAGAGUGAGCAGAGCAUAUUCCAGCUGAUGCAGCAGAAGACGCAGAACCUGGAUAUUGCUGGCUUCCUGGCUGGU